CUCAAAGCGGGAGCUCUCUCUGUUUCUUCCCCCUUUCGGCCUUUCCCUUCUCUCUGUCUCUCUCCUCUGUCUUCCUUCCCUGGCGGCGACGACUGGGCGAGCGGCGGCGCCAUUCGUCACGUCUUCGCCCAGCCCUUUGCCGGCGACGAGCAUCCACCAGGAUGUUCUUGCACCAGCAAGAGCCUGAUUAGCAUGCCCAGCUUCAAAACAAGGCCAACAGACUAGCACAAUGGAGGAUAAGGAUAAAUCAGACGGGUGGGAUGAGGAUUUGGAAGAAGCUGAUGAGUUGGUGUGUGUGCACAAAGCUGUUAGCACCUCUUUCCUUGCUUCUGGAAUAAGCAGAAGGAGCAAAAGUGAAAAGAAGCCCAGAUUCUCAAUACUUGGACAUGGUUUUGUUCCAUAUGAUGUAAAGACAGAAAUCUUGCAUAUUGCGGGGCAAGAAGGUUCAUCUGGAGCUCCAUCAACUAAAGUUUCACAAACUAUGGUGGCUGAACAGUUGGAAAAUAUCGAUGAAGAAUCUGAAGAUUUGGCACCGGAGUUUCCCCUUCGAACCAAGAAUACAAAUACUUCAGUUUCAGAGCUACUGGAAGAUUUACAGGGUAGAAGUGGCUCUUCUGUGAGGAAACCAUCUGCGUUGCACCAACACAUGCUGAAUAUCAGGGAGCAAGAAGUUUCGUCUAGGGUGCCACCAGAUAAAGUUUCACAAGCUUUGAAGGCUGAACUUUUUGGAAAUAUCAAGGAAGGAUCUGAAGAUCUGCCAUCAGAGGUUACCUGUCCGGCGAAGAAAGCAAAUCUUUCAGUUGCUGAACUUCUAGAAGAUCUACAGGGUAGAAGUAGCUCUUCUGUUGGGACAGUAUUGUUGCACCAACACACGAGAUCUAAAGAUUGGAAGCCAAAACCCCCCAGUUCCGAGAAGAAAACACUAGCUAUUUUAGGAGAGAGGAGUAUUGACAGUGAGGAUCCCUUGGAGCAUAUAAUUGAUGGAACAUCUAGUGAAGAGGAAGAUGUUACGGAUAACCACUUGACUUUGGUGAACAAAGAUGUGAAGCAGCAUACUAUGGCUGACCUCUUCCAAGAAGUUUUCAAUCCAACAAACAUGGAGGUUGCCAUGCUUCCACUGAGAUCAACAGGAGCUGGUUAUCAUGGAAGGAUGCAACAGAUUAUGCAGAUGGAAAAAGACAGGCAUGCAGAGUUCUUGAGACAGUUUAAUAUAGAGCAAGGUUGUUUAGGUGACUCAAAAGGAAUUACUGUUCAGGUUAUGUCAAGGUCGUUGGAAGGGAAGCUAACAGUCUGCUGCUGCUUGUUCCAGGAAAAGAGCAAUUCUACCAUUAGAAGUGAUGCCUCAACAGACCAUGCUAUGAAUGAGAGCAGAACUAAGAGGACCAUCAUAUUCAGUCCAAAGAUAUGUGACAAUGUGGAUCUUCUGGUAGGAAACAUAAUUCGCAUCUUCCCACCAUGGAAGGAAGUGAAAUUACAAGAUGAAGACGUGAUGCUAUGCACCUACUUCUCGCAUCAUGGGGCAUGAUUGUGGAGGCUCUACUGUUCUGCAAGCUAAAUAACUGUCUCUGAAGUCAUGGCAGUCACCAAACAAACUGCAUGGCCUGCCGAUUGCUAGGAACCCUUCCUUAGGUGUUGGUGUACUAGGAGAUUCGUCCGAUCGUAUAGUAUACAAUCCGUAGUUGUUGUCUUGAACAUAGACGCUGUUGCUGUUCUCACUGUGCCAGAGCCUGUGUCUGGAUGUUUUUCCUUCAUCCUGCUGAAUGCUGAUACAGUAAUAACUAAUGAACCCAGACCCCUGGCAGGUCGAAAUAGUUCGGAGAA